GUGAUGUCGCAUGUGGACGCGCGAAUAUUCCGUUUGUAAGAUGGCGGUGUGAGCGCACGGCCUGCUGCUGCUGUUCCUGUAUGCGCGAGGUUCCCGCGAACAUCACUCAAACACUCGACACUUUCGGUUUGACGCGAACGGCCGGCGGGAAACGAUUUAAGUUAAGUUGUGAUGGCUAAGCGGAUUGCUGAUAAGGAGUUGACGGACAGAAACUGGGAUCAGGAAGAUGAAGGAGAGGAGGCAGGAAUGUUUUCUCUCGCGAGUCAAGAUGUGAUGAAGAACCGUGCCAUCAAGAAAGCCAAGCGUCGUACAGCAGGCGCAGAGGGAGAGAGCGGAGGAGCUUUUAAAACCUUCAAGGGUUUCGCGCUCAGCACUUCAAGCGGGACGGCAUCAUUCCCGAGCUUUGGUAACGGCGCUGGCUUUAAGUCUUUGUCCGGCCUGACCAAUGGCAGUGUGGCACCGGUCGCGCCAUCUUUCACAGGCUUCAACUCAUCCAUGCCGGCUAACACCAACAGCGGUCUCUUAACGUUCAAAAGCUCCGUCCCGUCCAAACCCACAGACAGCGAUGUCACCUCCAACGGCUCCACCUCCGACAGCAGCAGGAGUAAAGAGUACAAUCGGCAGCUCACAGCGCUCAACUGCUCCGUGCGCGACUGGAUCACCAAACACGUCAACGACAACCCCCUGUGUGACCUCAACCCUAUCUUCCGCGACUACGAGCGGCACCUGGCAAGCAUUGAGAAGAAAUACGGCAGCGGGGCGUCAGACGUCACUGGAGAACAGAAGAGCGGUGCGGCACCGUCCGUCUCGGUCACAGGCGUGGGGGCAUCCGGCAGCGGCGCGGCACCCUCACUCUUCUCGUUUCAAGGGAAAGACACGGCAGCCGCAGAAAAACCAGCAGCUCCCGUCAACAUCUCCUUUAACUUCGGCAAGAAGGUGGACAGCUCUGUUCUCAGCACGCUCGGCUCCGGCGGAGCUCCGUCUUUCUCCUUCUCGACGUCGUCAGGGAUGUCUGCGUUCGGAGCAGCUGCUCCUGCAGUUUCCAUCUCCGUAGGUGCUCAAGGAAACAGCCAGACUGCAGAUGAAAAUGAGGAAGAGUCGGACGAGCCUCCCGUUCCAGUAGUUAAAGAUAUCAAGGAGAAAGAUGCCUUCUACUCCAAAAAGUGCAAGUUGUUUUAUAAGAAGGAUGGCGAGUUUAAAGAGAAGGGCGUAGGGACGCUGCAUUUAAAGAUGGUUUCCGAGAGCAAACUUCAGCUGUUGGUGCGCGCAGACACAAACUUGGGAAACAUCUUGCUGAACAUCAUGGUGUCGUCCUCUAUGCCCUGCUCACGAACUGGCAAAAACAACGUGAUGGUGGUGUGCGUGCCAAACCCUCCCUUGGAUAAGAACCCCAGCACGCCCGUUCCGGUGCUCAUACGGGUGAAAACGGCAGAGGAUGCCGACGAGCUCCAUCAGAUCCUCCAGGAGAAGAAAGCUUGACCCGUCUCCACCCUCUCCCCGUGCUCAUGUUCAUACGUGUUUAUGACUGAACGUGGCUUGCACAUCCCCGGUGACAUCAUAUACGCAUAACCGAGUUCAGUCGAACUGUUCUUUUACGUCUUGUCGAAUCAUCUGUGUGACUGAAAGCAAUCCCGCUCACAUACUGUGAAAUCACUUGUGGUUCUACUGUAAACGCUGUCCGUCGCAUCAGUUUUGAGAAGAGUGAAUAAUAGUGACGAAGGCCACGUUUGUUAUUGCAAAGACAUGAGUGUGGACCAACAUUCCUCCGAGUUUUAAUUGAGCUGCUAUUUAAGAAUACUUUGAGGUUUAGACGGAGCAGACUGUUUUAUGUGGGAGGUUUUGUUUUUAAUUCAACCACAGUUUGGGGAAUAUGUUGGAUUUUGUAAGUAUGGAGUUGUGUGCAGUUUUCGGGGACGCACAUGUUGAUAAAGAGCAGGAUUCUAGAGGUCAGUAUUAAACAUCCUGAAAUAAUUAUUUGUGUCUUGGGAUUUUUUUCAACUCGAUCUCUUUGGCUCCAGGUCAAACAUUAUUUACCCACAAUGCAGCUUGCAAGCAGAUAUCGAUCUGAUCUGCUCGGUUAUUUUGUAUAGAUCAUUUUCUCCCCAUGUUUAUUCUGGAUGAGGAAGAUUGUGAUGUACGAGACAUAAACGAAUGAAUGGAGCUCUCCUCUGUAUAAAUGAACGUAUUUUUGUUUCUUUUAAGUGACCUUUUUACUGCCUUAUAUAUAAGGUGUAUGUGUGUAAGUGUCAAACAGGACUAGAUCUACCUUAGAUUAAUUGACCGCUAAAUAAAUCAAAUGAAAGUGAUGAAUCUUGUGUUUUAUAUUUGAUUGGAUAUAAUUGACAGAUGUUUGGUUUGGUGGUGUUUUUCCGUUAGAAUUAGGUACAAAAUAUAAAAAAUUGUUACAAUUUGUUGUUUCUUUAAAAAAGAAAAAUGUAUAUUUUAGUGCAUCUGAUGGCAUCACAGAUUCUUAGUAUUAGAAUCAACUGCUUGUUUUCUUCUAACUGUUGAUCUGCAGAAAUCUUUGUUUUUUUUUAAUUGGGGAUUUGAUGAAUAGUUUUUUUACAUUCUUGACUGAUAUCAGUUUAAUGGCCAUAUGUAGCAUCAAAUUAUAUUUCUGUGUAUAUCAAUUGCACUUGUUUUAAUGCUGCGAAAUGAUCGUAUUAUUGAAUCAAGUGCUGCCCUCUUGUGGUUGUCACCUUAUUAAACUCAAAGAUAUUACAUCUGCA